AAUUCAAUAUAAUUUUCUUGUUAUUGUACAUACAAAUUCAAUAGAGUUUUUCUCAGUAGUUUUCCUGAAAAUAUUUUGUUUUAUAGGUAACGAUCUUUUUAGUUAAUGUAGAAAAGUCAUAUUUAAAUAAAUAAAUCGAAGUAGUGAAAAUGGAGAACAACGAAAUUACAAUUUUCAUGGAUGUUAAACUGGAUAUUCAUAGUAAACGUCCAUGUUCUCUGAAGUUCAAACAGUGGUCGAGAUGUGAAGUAAAGAUAGAAGGUAUCAAAUGUUUUCCUAGCUUUUUGCGGGUUACGAUCACAGGAUGCAAUACGGCAGAAGGAUGUCUGACGGAGGAGGAUCGUGUCGAGUCGAGAAAAUACAUUAGUGUGUCCAUAAUAGUUCCGGGUGUUAGCAUCAAUUUAGCAGCAUCGCGUACAAAAGAGUUUAGUUAUGGGCUAUUUUGGACACAAUAUCGUAAACCGUGUUAUAUAUAUUUUGCAUUAGAAACCGAGAUAAGUUGUAGACGUCAUAUGAAAUGGAUUAAAAAGACAAUUAAAAAUUUAGAGCUACAUCGACAACUAAUGUUGGAGCAAAAUAGAAUUAGUCGUGGACCAAGUAUGGGCGUGGCUGGGGUUCAUACUGCUCAGGUUGGCAAAGAAAAUAUAAAAACACGGACCAAGAAUGUAUAUGAACCCUCCACAGAAAAUCUGUAUUCAUCACUUGGGCCUUUACCAACAAUACCUGGCUUUCAAGAUUCUAAUCAAAGCGGUUGGUCACGACAAAACUCGGAUAUUUACGAGGAAAUCCUAGAAUACGUUGACGGACAACCGCGUCUGUCACGGCGUAUAUCUCGUGCUUCAAUUGCGUCUGGUAUUUAUGAAGAAAUGAAACCUAGUCCUCAAGCGUUUAAUUCAAUCGAUGAGGAAUCAAUUGAGUUGCAGCAGCCUUUUGCAACGGGUAAAUCACCACCGCCGCUUCCUCCACUUCCACCGCCCAGAAAACGCAUAAACACAUUCGACGGUCAAGGUGUUUUGGGCGAAAUACCACGUUCAAACACAAAUCCUGAAUCAGAAUUUGCGAAGAAAAAGAAAUAUAAGAACGUAUUAGACAAUUUAUUUGGUAGUGCACGAGCGAAACGAGCCGAAAGCGUAAGUGAAACUCAAGCUUGCACAGCUGAGGAUAUAAUUAAUAGUAUCACCCCCACCAAAAUACCCGAUGAAAAUAAUGAAGAGACUACACCAAUAUAUGUCAAUGAUGUAGCAGUAAAACACCAGAAAAAAACUUUAUAUUCUAAUAUGUUUGCUGGGUCGAAGCGAAAUAGUUUCUCUUCACCCGAUUUGUCGAAAAUAAAUUACUUUGACACCAUCAAUGAGAAAGAAAGCUUGGUUAGUGGUUUAGGGAAUUCAAUCGCAUACAGCGACAACCUACGAUUAAGUACCGAUAGUUUAGAAAAUUUUGGCAUUACGACGUCCAAAGACCAAACACAUGGAAGAAUAUCGGUAGAUAGCCUAAAUGUCUCUGAAAAAAUUCCAAACAAUUUCAAUUUUUCCGCCAUCAAUUCAUCUGGUAUUAAUUUAAUAGGCUGUAAUGGUGCUGCCAUACCAGCAAGUAAUAAAAUCAAGAAUAAAAUCUUAAUAGAUGAUUUAACGGGUUACUGUGUAAUGGCACCUAUUCGACCUAAGAAAUCGGAGCAAAUAACAAACGCUGAACCCACUACAUCUGGUUAUUCUACUGUUUCCCAACCAUCAACAAGCUCUUCCUCUUCAGAAGAUCCAAAAGUUCUAGCAAAAAUAAAUGCUCAUAAAAACAGUGCAGAAGAGAGUGCAAUAUAUGAGCAAAUGAUUGAUCUUCAUAGGGGAAACGAAGCGAAUACCACAAUUAAUAGAAGUACUUUGAAGUCAGUCGAAGAUUCAGUUACACCCAACAGUCCUGCGUACACAUCCACAACAAACAUUUCUGAUUUUACUGGAAACUUAUAUGAAAAUUUAUUAGCUGUUAAAGCUUCACAAGAGCUGGAGCAAGAACUUCCGAUUGCAUCUUUGAGCACCAGUACACCCACCGAAUCUCCGAAUACACACCAAAUAGUGUGCAAUGAAAACCAAACAGAAGAAGAAGAAAACUACUAUCAAACCCCACGCAAGUCAAUUAUUAGCGUUGAUGAGAAAAUACCAUCAUAUUAUCCAAACAGCUGUGACACCGCUAAAACUCGCCGUCAUCAUACAAUAGCAACAGCGAGUCCACAACUAGCAGCUUUUAAUACUUCACCCAGCUCAUCUACGACUAAGACUUCCGAGAAGUCCAAUAACAUCGCCUCAUCUGUGGGUUUACGUCACCUGGUUAACCUAAAACUACGGCGUGAACGCAAAGAGAAUCUUUACAUUUCAUCACCGCAGAGUAUCAUAGAACAACGUCAAAGUGCAAACAAACCAGCGGAAGUUGAAAGCAAAAUUGCGCAAAAAAACGGACGCGUGCACAAAUCUUUGCGGGCGGGCGCUUUGAAAAUUGCAGAGCAUGUCUAUACUGUUAAACAUGCCAAACAGAAAACCCAAAGCAACGAAAAGCAUCUAAACAAUAACAAUAAUAACAACAACGAACCGGAUGUAGCAAACUUUCCCGAAGACAUGCGUGAACGUCUACAAACCGAGCUAUUACAGAUCGCUUUGCUGCAAAAGAUUGACUUUAAGUUUGAUGAUGCAAAAAGUGCUGAAGACCCAAAGCAAAAUACUUUAGAAGAUCUGAAAACGCCAUCGCCGUCUGGAAGACGACAGCAACAGCAGCAGACCCAACUCACCCCUGCGAAGGAGCGCACCUAUGAGAAUUUGCUACACCGGCAUCUGCAAUUGCAUCAAGCCGAGCAGCACGUUGUGUCGAGCGCUUCAAUCAACAGUCCAGCUACCAACACUAGAACAAGGCUGGCAAUGCAUCAUAGUUGUUUGACUGGUGUAGGCGCAGAGGACAAUCACAAUGCCGACAGUGGCUCGCUUGGAGUGCCCGAAAGCAGUGGAGUUGACGGGCAAGUGUCCGGUUUAAGUAGUACAAAAAAAUUUGCUUCCUUGCCGCGUUUCAAAAAAAUCGACUUCUCGCCACUCCGCUUGCGCAUCAAUAAUGUGCUGCAACGCGCUCAGCAGCAGGAUAUCUAAUUGUCCAAAUAUAAUGGUAAAAGUAUUGAAAUGCAGUUAUGAAGGGAAAUAAUUCAUACGAAAAUGUAGCGCUAUUAGUUGAGAAGUAAUUGCUUUGAAAGAGUAAGGGCGAAAUUAUUUUAUAACUGUAGAUUUUCUGUUUCAUUCAAACUUUUAUGCAGCUUCAGACUAUAGUUCUAAAUAAAUAUGUAUGUCUGCAUGUGUGUACUUGAACGCUUUUUUGGUGUAGAAAAUAUGAGUAAAGUGAUGCUAAAGUUGUAGAUCACAAAUAAGGUCUUAAUAUUCAUUUGUGUGUAUUUUUAGUGCGAAUUUUUAAUUUCUUUUCAUUUUUAAAUAUUUGCGAUUUUAUUAAUGUUAAAGAAUAAAUACGAGUGCGAGUAUAUGUAUAUAAAUAGGUUUUCUAAUAUAAGAUAUUUUUCUAAUGAUUUUGCACAUUUAUUUUCUAUUUUUAGUUCUUAAUUUUUUUUUUCGGAAUUUUAAAUUAUUAUUAUUGUAUUUUUCAUUUAAAGACAAAGGCUACUUAGAAUUAUCUUCAAGGAAAUAAUCAAUGAAAAGUAUUUUUAUGUAAGAUUAAUGUUUUGAAUUUGUUUAGUUCUGUUGCUUU